CACGGGACGGAUAAAGUGCAUCCAAACGCAGUGGUCUGCAAUACAGUGAGCCACGGCCAUACACACACACACACACACGAAGCGUUUCAGUCCACACUAGCUGAUCCACCUCCACAGACUCUCGAUGCAGAUCGCAUCUCCAGAGGUCCACAUCUCGUGCAUGUCCGACAACAAUCGCACCAAUGUGGCCAUCGAUUCCACCGAUGGCCAAAGGGAUGCGAUCGCUGAGGGACACGUCCGAAAUGUAACCACCGAGGGGCGCUCCAACCAAUACCAGCUGUCAGCUGCAUAAUACGGUGUCUACCUUGGCACAUACACACUCAACACACACCCUUUUCUCCCGUCCGCUGGCCUGGCCUACCCCCGCCCCCCUCCACCUCCGCCACCGCCCCCUCCAUAUCCGCUGCCCUGCGGAAACCCCCUUGGCACCUGCUGUAGCGCCCUCUGCGCAGCCAUCAUCCUGGACAGAUCCUGCUGCUGCUGCUGGUACUGCUGCUGGUGCUGCUGCUGGUGCGGCAUGGCCAUCUUGGCCAUCUGCUGCUGGAGCUGCUGCAUGUGGUAUGCUGCAAAAGGGGCGCUCAUCGGCUGCCGGGAGAGCUGCCCGGAUACCGGCAUUGUGGGGGGCAUCGGGACCAUCUGGGGGUACACCCGGCCGUGGCCGCCCAUGACGGCGGGGGCAUAGGGGAUUGGGGGUGGUGCCCCCGAGCGGCGGGCGCCUGCGAGAUCAUGCAUCAGAGAGGGCAUGGCAGGCGGUGAUGGCCUGAAGGGCUGCUCGACUUUCUUCUUCUUGGCCCGCAGCUGGUCGGCCUCCUCGCCGGGUGGGCUUGGGGUGCCUGACGGCGGGGGGCUCCGCUUCUUGGUUGGCUUGCGGGGUGCCGGCAUGGGCCGCUGGAACUGCAUGGCGUCCAUCAGGGGGCGCCUCAGCAUCUCUGCACGAAGCUGCUGAGCGUGGCUGGGGGGGCGGACGUUGAUCUGAAAGAGAAUCUUCUGCCUGUGGAUGGACGGAGAAGGGGAGAAUGGAGUUGCCUGUCAGUCUGUCAGUCAGUCUGUCUGUCUGUCGUUCCUCCCAUUCUCACUUGAUGACUGGUGGGAGCUUUUUGCCUUUGCCGAUGUCGAUGAAGGCCCGCAGGUCGGCCAGCUGCCACGACAUCCACUCCCUGUCCAGCAACCGGUUCGUGCGGGACACCUGUCCACAUGAAGCACAGACACACAGCCAUGCACAUCACAUCACAUCACAUUCACACAGCCGCCACCCCCACUCCACUCCACUCUUUUCGCUCACAUUCGACUCGGUCUUCUCGAGUUUUUCCGCCGUAGUGAGCUUGCGCCCAGCGCCCUCGCCCUCCCCCUGUCGCCUCUCAGCUGAGGUGGGCGACUCCCCCUCACCCGAUGGGCCGCCCUCCGCACCCUUGUCGGCCUUGUCGGGCUGACCAGAAGGAGACGAGCGCGGCCAUGAGGAAAAGUGCUGGGUGGCUCUUUGCCUUUGUCAGGUCAUUUCGCUCACCCCGAACAGGUCGUCGUCCGAUCCGAUGCCGAGUGCUUUCCGCAGGGCCUCGUUGGCCGUGUCACUCGACGCCUUUGCCUUCUCAAGCACCUCAGUAGCCUUGGCCUACACCAGAACACACGCGCACACACAGAAGAGAUAGAUGGUCUGAGACAAUGUAUGUCCUCAUGUGACGAUGUGUCCGACAGCACCGUUUCAGCGAUUCUCGGGGAUGGCUCCUGCUCGUUUUCCUUUGGCUUUGGGGGCUCCUCCGGUGGCGGCUCGUCGCCGCCGCCCUCCUUCUUUUUCUUCUUGGACGCCUUGGCCUUGGCUUUGGCCUCAGCCUGCUCCUGCAGCAUCACACGGCGCCGCUCAUCGUCCUCGCGCAUCCUCUGAACACACACACACACACACACUCCGGGGUGGCGGGUGGCGGUGGGCGUGCUCACCUUGACGUGUGCGUCCCUCCGCUUGGUGUCGAGCAGCUCCAGCUUCUUGAGCUCGCCAUACGGGCCAUACAUCUGAUGGACGACACACAACGCCACUCACUCACCGGCUGGCCUUCCAUUGGCUUCAUGUACACACACAGUCAGCUCACCAUCUUGACAGGCCAGCUGUUCUGCUGCAGUGCCCCAACGUCAUCCUGGAUGCGCACGUCGCCGUCGGGCAGCCGCCCCCUGACUUUGCUGAGCUCCUUAGGGCCGGCGCGUGUGCCGGUGCGGGCGCGCUUGAAGAACUCCAGAUCCUCCGACACCACCCUGGUGAUUUGAUUGACACACACACACACACACACACACACACGGGGUAAGUCGGCUGCGUGCGUGUGCGUGUGUGGAUGGAGGUGCGUGCCUGAGGAAGUCGAGUGUGGUCUCCAUGGCUGUGGUUACGGCGUCGGGCUUGAUGUCCCUGACCCCAUAUUUGCUCCCGAUGACCUUCAUCUUGACCCCCAGGUCCUCCUUCAGGCUCGCAUACGCAUCGCGCCUCUGCCGGGGAGCACCCGGCGCACCGGGUAGAGGGAACAUGCGAUCCCCCGCCGCCACAGCGCUGACGGCACUGAGAGCGUCGCCCAGGUCGCCGAUGGGCUUGUUCUUCAUGAGCCCCCCGGUCUGCUGCUGCAGGAGGGAGGAAGGUGCCUCUCGCUUGAUGGCCUGGGCGGCGAGCUGUGCUGAGGUCGGGGGAGGGGACGGCGAGGGGGAGGGGCGGGGUGGGUCGGUGCGCGGCAGAGGGGGGCCGGCUGGGGCGCCUGCACCGCUGCCUGAGGCAAACCUCUCCUUCACCUGCACAGAGACCAAUUCAGAGUGCACCGUUCAUGUGCGGAGCUGCGACGCUCCUUGCUGUCUGUCCUCUUGGCGACCUUCCAGACAAACUGCUCGUACUCUCCGGGUCGGUUCCUGAGCAGCUCAAUGAUGAGAAGCCCCAAGUAGCGCCCAACGGUUUGCAUCUGAACACAUACACACAUACGUACAGAAUAUGAACCUCCCAACGACACGACGUCCUCCCUCCCUCCCUCCCUCCGUCCUCCCUCCCUCCCUCUGUUCUCUUGUUCAUUCAGCGCCCCCACCCACCUCACCUGUCCCGGGUCGGCCCUCCAUUGGUCGUACUUGCGCAGGACAGGGGCGAGGCGCGUUUCGUACUGCUGCCGCAGCUCCGGCCACCUCUCCUUGUUCCACUCCUCCAUCACACUCAUGCACAGCUCAGGCCGCUGGACAAACACACUCGAGACCCUCACCUGUGGUGGACCAUCACCCUGCUGCUGCUGUGGCGGUCCUUGUGGCUGUGGCUGUGGCGCCUGCUGCUGCUGCUGCUGCCUCUGCGGGACGGGCGAGGGUCGCCGCAUCACGUCUGCCGCAGCCAUGCUGGACGGUCCUGGCUGCUGCUUGCCGCGCGCAUCGAACGGCAUGGCGCCUGGCCUGCUGGGUGCGCCCGUCUGCAUCAUCGGCUGUCGCUGUGUGGGCUGCUGGGAGGGCGGGCGGCCGCUGAGGCCCUGGGAGUGGCCCGUGUGGUACGGGUAAUAGGGAGGGCGAGGUUGGGACGACAUCGUGUGCGUUGGUCAAGAGGGAGAUCCGCUGGCGUUCGUGACGUCCGCUCUAGCGGUGCCUCAGCUUCGGGUCGUUUUUCAUCUCCAGCUCCAUGCCGCCAGCUGCUUCGAGAUUAUUCGAGAUUCGGCAGAUCUCUGCGGUCGAAGUCUUCCGAUGGACGAGUGUGGC